AUGCCUCUCGUCGCAAAGCCCUCGUCCCGCGCAAAGCCGUCUCAGUCCAAGAAGCGGCGCCUCCGAGCAGCGGCCCUCGAGUCGUCCCCCUCGGCGGGAAACCGUACCGCACUAGUCCUAGUCUGGUCCACAACAUACCCUUCAUCGGCGGCUAGCGCAUCCACCUCCGAGCAGCCGACGACCAUAAUCCCAACGACCUUAUACGUAAGGGUGCGCUUGGAGCGGAUGGCUUUGACCACAAGGCCAUCGCCUAGGGAACCAAAGCCAGGCAUCUCGAUAUUCUCAUACGGUCAUGACGUGCGAGCCCAUCGGCACCGGCCUCGUCCAAGGCUCCACGCGAGCUCCGCUCCGAGAUGGUUAGCUACGCUCCCAUGCCGACCGACAAGCCACACAUCUUCCGAGGACGACUUGCUCCGGGAGUUGGCCGUCUAUGAUGGCACUACGACGGGCACGGGAGACGGCGAAGGAAUAGGCAGCAUACGCAGCAGCUACGACGAUGUGCACAAGCAGCUGCUUAGGCACUGCUCGUUCUUCGCAGAGCGCAGCCCGCACAGCAUUGACUUCCUGCUCGAGCACGUCACCUACGCGGAGAUGAGGAGCUUGAUCGAGAGCUGUUCCCCUUCCUUCGCUUCCCCUCCGCCGAGCCCUAUGCAGCUGGACAUGGGCCCUGCGACGACGACCCCGCCGACCUCAACCGCCCCUCUCGCCCGACUUUCGAGCUUUCGUCCAGGUCAGGUUGGUCGGCGAGCCGAUCGAGUUUCCCGGCUCGGGCACCGUCGCCGUCUCCUUCCGCCGUCACGCUUCUUCGUUUUCAAGAAGGACCAGGAAGACACCAAGGGGCGUCCAGAGCCCGUGUACGUCGCCGGCAGCGUCCGCGGCGCAGACCUAGACCGGCUGUGCCACACCCCCGACAGGUGGCAGGAUGACUACCAUAAUACAAUGCAGUUGUGGCUCACUCGCUAG